AUGGUUUUAGGCUCAAACAACUAUCACAGUUGGGAGAGGGCCAUGCUGCAUGCACUAAGCUCAAAGAACAAGAUCAAGUUUGUGAAUGGAAGCAUCAGUAAACCAGAACCAACAGAUCCUUUGUUUGAAGCGUGGGAACGAUGCAACGACUACGUCAUCUCCUGGAUCACCCUCUCACUUAGUCCCGACAUAGCACAAAGCGUGAUGUGGCACAAUGUCGCUUCAGAUCUGUGGAAAGAUUUGAAACACAGAUAUUUUCAGGGAGAUAUAUUCAAGGUAGCAGGAUUGGAAGAAGAAAUGUUCACUCUGAGGCAAGGUGAUUUGAACAUGACCGACUACUUCACUAGGCUGAAAAGUAUUUGGGAAGAGCUGGAGAACUUUAGGCCCCUACCUAACUGCAUACAUUGCAAGAACGGGAAUUGUACGUGUGGAACUGUUAUGAGAGGAUACAGAGAUGAGACCUAUAUCGUUCGCUUUCUCAGAGGCUUGAACGAACAAUAUGCGAUAGUGAGGUCACAAAUAAUGCUGAUGCAACCUUUACCAAGCAUUGAACAAGCUUUUUCACUGCUUUUGCAACAAGAAAGACAGUUCCAAUGUGGUGAACCCCUCACUGAAAAUAAAAUCUUGAUGAACAGCGCUGCUCCAUAUCAACCCUCAACACAAGGAGGAAGGGGCCGAGGCAGGGGAGGAAGAACUGCUGGCAGAGGAAGAGGACGAACAAAAGUCUGUACCUAUUGUGGGAAAACUGGCCAUCUAAUCGACACAUGCUACAAGAAGCAUGGUUUACCUCCUCACCUCAGACAAGAAAGCAGUGCAAUCAACAAUGCUAUCACUGAUGACGAGAAUUUUGCAAGAAUCGGUGAUGACCAGCUAGUAGAGGACAGUAGUGCAGAACUGGAAUUCACAAGGGAACAGAAGCAUGCCUUGCUAGCUCUCUUGAAACAGCCGUCUUUGGAUACACACAAGCCUCAACAUGCCAUAAACCAAAUUGUCACAUUACCCUCUCAUCAAGGUAUUGCUCAUACCAUGUCUGUUUCAACCUUUAAACCUAGCUCCUGGGUGAUUGACUCAGGAGCGAGCGAUCAUGUAGCAUACUGUUUAGAGUCCUUUCACUCAUUACAUAAAAUAGAACCCAUACUUGUUAGGAUGCCAGAUGGAACCAAUACCGUUACUUCAAUAGUUGGGACUAUAAUUUUCUCCAAAAAUUUUUUUCUCACAAAGGUCUUGUACAUUCCAAGUUUCAAGUUUAAUCUCAUAUCAGUUUCCAAAACCACUAACUUGCUCAAAUGUGAAUUUGUCUUUGAUGAAAACUGUUGCAAGAUCCAGGACUGCCUUUCCUCGAAGAUGAUUGGUGUAGCUGAGCAAAGGAAGGGGCUUUAUGCAUUUGAAGACCUAAAACCUGUAAGGAACUUUCAACUAAGACCAGCAAUUGCAGCAGCAUUCUUCACACCACAAACACAACAUCUUAGCAAUAGUAAUAAGCUACAUGACAAUAAGAAUAGAAGUACCUCAAACUUAUGGCAUCUUAGACUAGGUCACUUACCAAAUGACAGAAUUCUUGUAUUGUAA